AUGGCACCCUCAAAUGACGAAAAACCUGUUCUAAAUCCAAAAACUACUGAAUUUGAAUUUUUAGGCCCAAUCGGCGCACUACUUAUGGUUACGGUUCUUCCGAUUCUUGUAUAUAUCUUAUUUUUAGGAUGUCAACCAGAUGGCUGCCCCUCUCCAACACUCUUAUCUCUCCUCACAAAUCCUACAAAUGUCGUUCCUUUACUUACCGUUUCUAAUAUUUUAUCCAUUUUUGAUCUUAAAGCAUUCGUCGCGUACCUUUCUUAUUUAGCAUACCUAGUCCUGGCGUUUCAUUUAGUGCCAGGUCGAUGGAUCGAUGGAACUCAACUUCGCAAUGGUACAAGGCUGAAGUAUAAAGAAAAUGGGUUCAGUUGCAUGCUGUUAACCUUGGCCAUACUCGAAGUCUUAUCAUUGUCAUAUGGGUCGGACCCACUCCUGUUUAUAAGUGAUCAUUUUAUUGGAUUGGUUACCGCUUCAAUAAUUGUGUCACUAGCUGCCUCAUUUUACGUUUAUUACGAGUCCUUUCGGAAAGGUAAACUGUUGUCCCUUGGAGGAAACUCUGGUAUCUUUAUCUAUGAUUUUAUGAUCGGCAGAGAAUUGAAUCCGCGAAUCGGAUCUUUCGACAUCAAGUAUUUUGUAGAGCUCCGACCUGGCAUAACAAGUUGGACGAUUAUUAACAUAGCCAUGACUGUUAAACAGUAUAAAGAGCUCGGUUACGUUACAGCGGCGAUGUACAUGGUUUUGGUUUUUCAAGGAUGGUACGCUAUUGAUUCGAUAUACAAUGAGCCAGCUGUCUUGACGACAAUGGACAUAACAUCUGAUGGAUUUGGCUUCAUGCUGUCUUUUGGGAAUUUCACAUGGGUUGGGUUUUUAUAUGCAUUGCAGGCCAGAUAUCUCUCAUUACACCCGGUUCACCUUUCUUGGUUACAAAUUUUAUUUAUCGCUGGUCUUAAUGCCACUGGAUAUUACAUAUUUAGAAGUUCAAAUAAUGAAAAAAAUAUUUUUAGAAACAAUCCGGAUGACUCGAGAGUUAAGCAUUUAAAAUACAUAAAAACAAAAGCAGGCCCUCGUCUGAUUGUCUCCGGAUGGUGGGGUAAAGCUAGGCAUAUAAAUUAUUUGGGAGACUGGCUUAUGGCAUGGGCUUGGUGUCUACCUUGCGGUUUUGACAAUUUAUUCCCAUAUUUCUAUAUAAUAUAUUUUACUGUAUUGCUGGUUCAUCGUGAGUUGAGAGACGAAGAAAAAUGCAGCAAAAAAUAUGGAAAAGAUUGGAUCACAUAUUGUAGAAUGGUGAAAUGGAGAAUCAUACCCGGUAUCUAUUGA